AUGGAUUCAUUUAGGAUAGAGAAUGGUGACUGUGUCUCCACCUUCACCUUUCAGUGCAGGAUCCUCAGUUUGAAAACAAGAACUGACAGCAUGGUAGCCAGUGAGUUGUCUAUAGCAAUGAUAUUCAUCUCUCUGACUAUAAUUGGAAUUCUAGGGAAUUUCACUCUUCUAUACCACUAUAUAUAUUUUUACCUAACAAGGUACAGGUUAAGGUCUACAGACUGGAUUCUAAUUCACUUGAUUGUAGCCAAUAUCUUAACUGUACUGNGUAAAGGAGUGCCCCAGACAAUAUCCUCAUUUGGGUUUACAGAUUUUCUCAAUGAUAUUGGAUGCAAAUUGGUUUCUUCUUUACACAGAGUAGGAAGGGGUGCANGUAUUGGCAGCACCUCANUUCUUAGUGUGUUUCAGGCCAUCANCAUCAGCCCCAGGAACUCCAGGNAUUCAGAACUUAAAGUAAGAACACAGAAGUGCAUUUGUUGUUCUGUGUAUCUCAACUGGGUGAUUUAUUUACUUAUAAGCAGCGUGAAUCUUGUGCAUAUGAGGGCAAGAUAUGGCAAUGAAAGCACAACNAANCUGAAGUCUUNCNUNUNCUGUUAUUCUGUCCAUCAUGAUCCAACCAGUGACAUCCUUUAUGCCACAUUACUGUCAGGUCCUGAAGUGAUUUUGCUGGGGCUCAUGCUAUGGGCCAGUAGUAAUUUUAUCCUUUCUUUAAAAGAAAUUUUACAGUUCAAUAUAUUACAAAAGAGUAGUUUUCAUCUUGGUACUGAAACCUUUCAUUGA